GAUUUUACUUAUUAACUUCAACGCCCGCUCCUCCAAGAUACAACUUUCUUCUUCCCUCUCACCUCGUAUUUUUUCACUUUCAACGCUUUUCUAUACCUGUGUCUCACACGGUAUAUUCAAUUCACCUUCGUCUGCUUGCUUCAUUGCUUCGCAGACUCUUGCUCGAUUGAGCUUUCCUUCCUUCGACCUUGUUCGCAAGAAUAUAUCGAUAGACCGAAACCAACCCAGCCUGCAAAGGUGACAUCCUUCAAGAUGGCUUCCGACGAGGAGAAGAACUCCAAUAACUACAUCAGCAAUGCUGGCUCUACCGACAAGUACCUGGCCGACAACGGCGACGUCGCGGCCGGCCACACUAUGGACAACGCUGAUGGUCUACACCGUCUCCUCAACAACAGACAGAUCCAGCUCGUUGCCAUUGGUGGCUCCAUUGGUACUGCCCUCUUCGUGAGUAUCGGUGGUGGUCUCGCCCAGGGUGGUCCCCUCGGCUUGUUCCUCGCCUAUACAAUCUACUCUGGUAUCCUCGCAUGUGUGAACAAUGGUGUCGCCGAGAUGAGCACGUACAUGCCCGUUUCUGGUGGCUUUAUCCGUCUCGCCGGUCAUUGGGCCGAUGACGCUCUUGGUUUUAUGGCUGGUUGGAACUUCUUCCUCUACGAAGGUCUUCUGAUUCCAUUCGAAAUCACCGCCAUCAACCUUGUCCUCUCAUACUGGAGCUCUGAUAUCACGAACCCUGGCCCUACAGCUGGCAUCUGUAUUGGUGUCAUCAUAUUAUACGCUCUUUUGAACAUCUUGGCUGUCAAGGCCUACGGUGAAGCUGAAUUUUGGCUUUCGGGCGGCAAGGUUAUCCUGAUUCUUAUGCUCUUCAGUUUCACUUUCGUCACAAUGGUUGGCGGCAACCCUCAAGGUGAUGCCUAUGGAUUCCGCUACUGGAAGAACCCAGGUGCUUUCUCGGAUGUCAAUGGUAACACUCCUCUUGGUCGCUUCGAGGGCUUCCUCGGUGCCCUCUGGAGCGCCAGCUUUACUGUUGUCGGUCCCGAAUACAUCUCGAUGGUCGCUGCCGAGGCUAAGCGACCCAGUGUCUACAUCAAGGCUGCCUUCAAGACGGUUUACUACCGAUUCUGCUUCUUCUUCAUUAUGGGGUCCCUCGCUGUCGGUAUCGUUGUCCCUUACAACUAUCCUCAGCUCGUCAGGAUUUUUGUUACAGGCGAGGAGGGAAGCGGCACCGCUGCUGCUUCGCCCUAUGUCAUGGCUAUGGACAUCUUGAAGGUCGACGUGCUUCCCCACAUCGUGAACGCGCUCCUCCUUACGUCUAUUUUCUCGGCCGGUAACACCUAUACCUACUGUGCCACUCGAUCGUUGUAUGGUCUUGCUCUUGAGGGUCGCGCUCCCCGAUUCCUGCGAAAGACAACCGCUUCCGGUGUUCCCAUCUGGUGCUUCUGCGUCGUCAUGCUGUUCCCCAUGCUCUCGUUCCUCCAGUGCAGCAGUGGCUCAGCUGAGGUUCUCAACUGGCUCAUUGCCCUGAUGACAGCCGGUGGUCUUAUCAACUACCUUGUCAUGGGACUCACCUUCCUCAACUACUACCGCGCCUGCAAGGCUCAGGGAGUUGACCGAAGCAAGAUGCCGUACUACGGCCGCUUCCAGCCCUGGUGCGCCAUCAUUGGUCUGGUCUUCCAGUUCUGCGUCGUCAUGUGCUACGGUUACAAGUCAUUCAAGCCCUGGGAUGUCGAGAGCUUCUUCAAGAACUACACCAUGCAAAUCGUCGCCCCUUGUCUUUUCAUCUUCUGGAAGCUCUACAAGAAGACUCGCUGGCUCCGUCCCCAUGAGGUCGACCUUACCUGGGAGCGUCCUAUCAUUGACGCUUACGAGAACUCCAUCACAACACCCCCUACUGGCUUCUGGCAGGAGAUGGGAAUGCUCGUUGGCAUCAAGCGUAAGGUGCAUUCGGAUGAGUAGAGGAUGUCACUGUUUACUUUAUGCGAAAUGAAUAAGAGACGACUGCCGGUGCAAUCUACGAGUUCAUAGAACAUGAGACUUUUCUGUACAUAUUAUGUAGUUUGCUGAAAAUAUACCCAAGGCAUAGCUAUGCUUUCUUUUGGAUUCA